AUGACACAACUCGCCUUUAUUUUUCCAGGACAAGGUUCACAACAGGUAGGCAUGGGCGCGGAAUUGGCGCGAGCCUAUCCAAUUGCCAAUACCGUUUUUCAGGAAGCCGACGCAGCUCUUGGACGUGCCUUAAGUCAACUCUGUUUCGAGGGACCAGAAGAAGCCUUAAAACAGACCGAAAAUACACAACUGGCGAUUUUGACCUGCAGUGUCGCAACAUUGCGAAUCCUAAAGGAACUCGGUAUCACGCCAAACGCAGUCGCUGGGCAUAGUUUAGGGGAGUAUUCCGCACUCGUGGCGGCAGGUGUUCUCGACUUCGCCGAUGCCUUGCGCUUGGUACACGCACGCGCAAGCCUCAUGGCAGAAGCCGGGGAAACACAACAAGGCACCAUGGCAGCAAUCCUCGGCAUGGAAAUAGAACAACUGCGAGAACUCUGUGACGGGACCGAAGGGACUGUGAAUAUCGCUAAUUACAACUGUCCCGGUCAAUUAGUAAUUUCUGGAGAAGUAGAUGCUGUCAAUCAUGUCGUCUCACUCGCCAAAGUUGAGAUUGGUGAGCGACGGUGUCGCCUUUUGCCGGUAAGCGGAGCGUUUCAUUCGCCAUUGAUGGCACCGGCGCAACAAAAGUUCCGAUCCGCACUUGAUUCGGUGACGCUGUAUCCCCCGCAAGUUGACAUCGUAAUGAACGUAACGGGUGAGUUCGUGAAAGAUGUGGAGGACAUUCGGCACCUUCUCUUUCAACAGAUAACACAACCCGUCCAGUGGGAGAAAACGCUGCGGACUAUUGAGAAAGCCGGUAUCACACAUUUUGUAGAGGUAGGACCGGGGAAGGUAUUGUCCGGCUUAGUGAAACGGACACUUCCAGAAAGUAGUACUGUGAACGUUGAAGACAUUAAGACGCUGUCCGUCGUAGCAGAUGAACACGGAAAUGGUGGAUAA